AUGCCAGUGGUGAACGGCGUUGUCACGGUUCUUCCGCCCCCUGAAGGCUAUGUGGUCGACUUUGACAACCCACAGCGGCAAGCUGUACCCGAAGCCUACUAUGUAGCUGGAUUUGGUACCCUUCUGAGUCUUCUGCUCAUGGCGCAAAGGCUGUACACGAAAGCCUUCCUGAUCGGUCGUUUACAGUGGGACGAUGCUGAGAUGGUCGGCUAG